GGCGAUAAUGUGACCGUUGAUGUUUUCGAAUAUAAAAUAGGUGAAAAGAGUAUGGAUCACGUAAAGACUGUAACAGAUUGGAAUGUUUAUUCUGCUGACGGAUUAGCUUUGCUAGGAGAUGGAGCAUUUGUUUUGACGAAUGAUCAUUCGGCUAAAGACUUUAACUUCGAGCAGCGCAAAGAGCUAGAUAUGAUACUUGGUGGUGGCAAUGUGGUUCGAUGCACUGCGUUGGAACCUGGCCAAGUUGCAACUCACAACUCGCUCCGUUUUUUGAACAGUCUUGCGCGAGGACACGACGGGCUCAUAUACGUCCCAAGUUUGACUGAGGGCUUCCUUCGCGUCUACCAACUUGAGAGGUCCGGAAAAUUGAGAGAAGUGGAUCAGAUUCCUAUCGGAAUCCAGGUUGACAAUCUGUUUGCUGCCUGCCUCACUAGUCUUGUGGAAGUAUUUGGUGCCUUGGGUGAUCCGCCGAGUAAACACAGCACUAGCUCCAUCUUCCGGAUCUGCAAGACAGACGAAUCCUACGAAACUGUAAAAGUAGUAGAAAACAGGGGCAAAAGAGUGUUGAGCGGUGCUUUCACCGCCACUCAUGACGUGAGAACAGGGAGGCUUUUC